AGACCGCUUGUGUUGAAACUGGCAAUACAGGGAGGUAAAAACACGAAUUUUCUGCAAUUUUUCAGCUACAUCACUUGAAAAAGAAAGUUUAGUUAAGAUUAAGAUGGAGCACUUAAAGUUAGUCGUAGUCGGAGAUGGUGGGGUUGGGAAAAGUUGCUUGCUGAUCUCUUACACCACUGAAUCUUUCCCCGGAGAGUAUGUUCCAACGGUGUUCGACAACUACUCGGCAAAUGUCAUGUUUGAUGGAAAACCAGUGAAUAUUGGUCUCUGGGAUACGGCAGGACAGGAGGACUACGACAGGUUGCGCCCCCUGUCGUACCCCCAGACGGACGUCUUUUUCGUCUGCUUCUCUAUUGCAUCACGCGACUCGUUCGAGAACAUUGCCGCUAAAUGGGACCCAGAAAUCAGCCAUUAUUGUCCACAUACGCCCAGGCUCCUGAUUGGGUGUAAAGGAGAUUUGCGUAAUGAAAGAACCCCGGUGAGUAAAUUAGAAGCCGAGAAGCUUGCAAAAUCGUUGGGGAUGGAGUAUUGCGAAUGCAGCGCCCUCACACAGCAAGGUGUCAAAUACUGCUUCGACAAAGCGGCCCAUGCCGCCCUAUCAUCACGUCCAGCGAAAGCCAAGGGCUUCUUCUCCGGCAAGAAGAAGAAAUCCACGCCGCUACCACCAGUGAUGCCCGAGACAGGUCGGGCGCCCUGGAUUGAAGUGCAGACGUCGUCGUUUGGUCCGGACUGGCAGAAAAUGUUGGAGAACCCCCGCCACGCUGAUGUCGCAUUCGUCAUCCAGGGAAACUACCGUCUGGAGGCGCACAAAUGCUUGCUGUGUUGCGCGUCGAGGUUGUUUUGCAGGGUCCUUGGUGUGACGCCCCCGGCCCCGAACAACCAACUUAAACAGAUCCAAGCGCACGUCAACAAAAUCACAUGGGAGGAGAUAAAUUCUGGAACGGUGUCAGGUCUGGCUGGAAUAAAAGAAGAGAAGACAGGGGCGUCUGGAAAGAUUCGCACGGUCAUCACCCUGAGUGAUGACAUCACGGUGAAGACUUUCACUCACGUGCUCGAGUUCCUGUACGCAGGUGUACCAAACUUCGAAGAGAGUCACACAGACGAAGAGCUGAUAGACUUGAAGAAGGUGGCGGGCAUGUUUGAUAUGUCCUACCUAGUGACCAUAUGCGACAACGUCUUGACCGAGGAGGACUUCCUCAACCCGAGCAUAGGGACCUUCCUGAAUGAUGAAACCGGCCAAGCUAUGAAGAAACUGCUCAUGAAUCAGUCCACGAUGGCUGAUGUUGUGUUCCUUGUGGAAGGUGCACGAGUAUAUGGACACCAGACCAUCCUAUCAUGUCGGUCUGAAGUCAUGGCGGCUAUGUUUAGUGAACAUUUCACGGAGGGAAGCUCACAUAUGCCAGAGAUUAUCGUGCCUGAUGUCUCCCUGGAAAAUUUCCUGGCCUUGAUCGAGUACCUCUACACAGACCACGCUCCCAUUGAGUCUGGUGAUUCAGUAGGCCUCCUAGUUGCAGCCGACAGAUACUUCCAAACACGGCUAAAGAACCUUUGCGAGCUCUACAUUACAAAAGAAGUCGACCGAUCCGUGGUGAAAAAUAUUGAAAAAUCGGAAAUUGAUGUAAUUGGUCUGCUUCACGGUGCGCAGCAACACAAUGCAGAGCAGUUAGCUUAUUGGUGCCUCCACUUCAUCUCAACCAACUACAUCGCCUUUGAGAGGAGGCCAGAGUUUUCAGCUUUGGGAAAAGAAAAUAGUGAUUAUGUGAAGGAGCAUCGAUGGCCGCCGUUGAAAUAUUUGGAAGAGGUUAAAGAGUACGAGAAGAAGAUGGAGAAAGCUGGAGAGAGUUGUGUGGUCAUGUGAUCAAAACAACAUAGAGGAGAGAAGGGAAACGUGAUUGGCUCACACUGACACUAACGAGGAAUGAUAAAAUGUAUAUGUAAUGUAGCAGCAUUUUGAACCUCAGACCAAGUGUGAGGGGAGGAGGAUACAACUGACCAACUCAGGACUUUUGAGGAUGGUGUAGCUUUUGAAAUAAACAGUGUAAAUUCGAGAAUUCUUCGAACGAACAGAUCCCGUCAGUAGUGUUGGCAGGAAAGGAAAGGUAGAACAUUGAAUGAGUCACUUUGAAAUGAACUCCUGAAUCUGAUUACUAGGUCAGCGCAUCAGUGACGUCUUCAGUAUUCCAUGUCAUCAUGUUGCUCACGCGACUCCAGGUGCCAUUGUUGGUCUGUUGUUUCAUACCAAGGAUUCUACUGUAGAGUUGGUAGAUGUCAACCAUAUGAAUUGGCUUGGCGAGGUAGUUUUUCUUAAAAUCUGGAGAAGAAGGCAAAUUUCUUUUUCAAAUAUUGUAAAACCAAUCGGUAGGAUGUAGCGAGAUAUCGCAAUUUUUGUAUACGUAUGAAUUAAUAAAGAAUGUCGCACAAAUUGAGUAUUCAGACACGUGACAGCACAGCUAUAAAUCUAGCUAUCUCGGUGAAACUCUCUGAUCCAGAACCGAAUCGGAUGGUUUGGAGGGGUUGUCGCACAAAUUGGCGACAACUCACUUUUCGCGGAUCCUUGCUUGAACUUCGGGAGACUUCCAUGACGUCACUAUUGACACCGUCCAAUCAAAAUGAUACUCGGCGACACUCACCUGGUCC